CUGAAAUUCGCUGCAAUCCGAUACGAAGUGUGUUUGGGGCAGAGCAGUGUCUGAUAGACGCGAGGUGACAUUUUGGGGCACGUUCCCCAAGAAUAAAGAUUCUCGCAAACGCUGCUGGCUGGUGUGAACCAAACGCGCAAACUCUCCCGGCGCAGUUCAUUACUGCGAGUGGAGCGAACCAGACAUUCAAUUACACCCAAUCAUAAGCGAACGCUGGGAUUCCCCCCGAUUGCUAUACUGAAACGAGUUGGUUUGUGUUUUUAGUGUGGUGCGUCUUUCGUGCAUGUUUUUUUUUGCCGCAUCAAUUCUGCGAAACCUGAAAAGUUGGUGACUAACGUGCUUUGUUUUGGUUUGACAUUCGAUAGAUUGCGAUGGACGAUUCAGGAGCGUACAGGAAAGCGGGAGAUCUGGGAGGAGCCCGUCAUGGAGACGCGUACCAGGUACAUGUUCUGAUGAUGAUGUUCGAGCGGGUGGUGUCGGACAGGAUGAAUCGAAGCUACGUGGACUUCCGGUUGGCAACGGAGAUGGAAGCGGCUGGAAAGUUUGACGACGCUGUGCUAAAGUGGAAAGAAGGGGAGGAAGAUUCGAGAAAUAAUUGGCUGUUCGUGCAAGUGAAGUACAAGCUGGUGCCGGUACAGUUGAACGAGAAACAUUUUUUUCCUGAUACUGACGAGAAUAAGGCGAAAGGAGAAUUUUCGAUGUUUAAGUAUUUGAUCUCGUUUUGGGACAUUUUGCAUCGCUGUGAGUUUGACGGCAGUAAGCAGUUUGUUAUAUUCACGAAUUGUGAUUUAGCGGAAAGUAUUCAUGAUUGGUUUAUAGACAGUGAGUCUGAGAUUGAGCCAAUUCUGAAACCCGCAAUGGGAAAAGAACGGUUUUUGAAAAUGCGCGCGAACGAAGAUCAGUACGAGCAACUCCUCAGAUGGGUAAAUAAAGAUUUCCUAGAGCUAGUCGAGACAAUGCGAUCAAUUUUCAUCGACAGGAAAAAUGAAGUGAGCUUAGAUCUAGUAAAAUUGUACCGCGGUGCCCUGAAUCAUAAAAUUUUAGUCGUUGAGGAAAAAGAAGUAAAAUUUGCACCGCGCUUCAUAAAACGAAAAAAGUUAGAGCAUGGAGAACUGGCAAUGCGAAGCAUGAUUUUCCAAGACGAUGCCACAUUAGAGCAGCUUGAGUCUUAUGCAAUAUCAAAUGAUGCAUUAAUGCAAAUUCUUAAGUCAAAAUCGAAGUCAUUGAACACAUUACCUCCAAACAUCACUAACCAGGAAGUGCAAGAGUUUUUCAAUACAUUUAUUUUGGCAAUAAAGCAGCCCAACAACGACGAGUUAAAAACUGUUAUAUUGAAGGACUUACGAUCGCAUCAACUAUCGCCAAUACAUGCCAAUAGAUCUGGUGAUCAUUUUUCCUUAUUAACCUACAGUAAUCUGCAGUCCAAAGUCUAUUCGUGUCUUGACUCUGUAGCUGGAAGGUCUCUUCGCAGAGAGCACCUUGAAGCCAUAUUUCAUACCGUACAACGAACCAUAUCCAGCUCACGACUCACCGUACAGACCGAUCUUUUUCGAGGCGAAAUGCUUAAUCUACGGAUGGAAUUUGAGGACCCUAAAUUGAUCUUUUCCGAAUUUCUCACGGCUGUUAUUUCCAGCACACGAGAAGGUUUAAUGACUUGCCUUAAAGUUUUCCAGAUAUUGCAAUGUUCCAAUCUCCCCUUUCAAUAUUUUUCGCUAAAAGAUCUACGACACCAUUCCAUAUUGGAAGAGCUAUGUUCAGCUGUUAACGAACCGCGUUGCAGUUUCAAAUUGCUUCUACUCAAAGAUGACUAUUCGAACUUUGAGGAUGCUUCGAAAAUCCUCAAUGCACUUCCAACUGAUGGAUCAAUCCAACUCAUUCUGGUAACUGACAGCCAAGAGUCUGCAGCUCGAUUUUUCUGUGAACGACAAUUCAACGUGCUAAUAGAAGAUGAAGUCACCUUGGGUCAGCUAACAUCGGCCAGUCAGCAGAAACUUGAGCGCAAAACCGUGCUUUUUCAAGGAAUCGAAAUAGAGAUAAAUAAGCUUGUAACGGGUACGGAUUUUGAAAACAUUUUUAAAAAUGAAUCACUGGAACAACUUAUCCAGGACAAGAUUAUAUCAAUCGGGCCGGACUUACCGGAUAUUGGAGUAAAAUACUACAUACCGAGGAUCGUUGCUCUUUCUGACAGUGAAACGAGUGAAACCCCCGAUACUGAUGCAACCAAUACCAUGGAAGAUGAUUCUUGCGAUAAGACUAGCUUUAGCGAGAAUCAACUGCUGGAAGGUCUGCUAACUAUAUUUGGCGAACAAAGAGUUUUUGUACUGUCUUCAACCCCCGGUAUGGGUAAAACGACACUCUGGAAGAAGUUGGCACAAUUGGCAAAAUCUAGAUUCAAAACAAAAUGGAUUUUCUUUCUGAACUUGCAAGAUCCCAGUGAGAAGCAAUCGAUGUUUUCAACGAACCGGGUAUCCAGCGGCAAAAUAAGCAUUGCCGAAUACCUCGCAGAUCAUUUCGAACUACCGCAGCUAGAUAGAUCAUUGCUGGAAAGCUACGUCAAAAAAUUGGACUCUGUUUUUCUUUUCAUCGAUGGAUUCGAUGAGCUACCUCAACAGGUAAUGGGACCUGCAAUCGGUUUGAUACGAGCUCUUCAAGAAACCGUUAAGAUUUUUGUGAACACUCGCACUCGAACGCAGUUAGAACUGAAACAGGCCCUUGGGGUUGAUGUAUACUGUUUGAAUCCUCUCAGCAAGUCCGAGCAGACGGAACUGUUUCGAAAUAUCUGCCACGUUGUUAACGGUGUGCACGUUGACACUGAACCAUUGUACGAAUUUAUUGACCGAUUGAUGGACAAAAUCCACAGCAAGUCGAUGCAGGUCGCCAGCAAAUUUGUCGGUGGUCCCUUGAUGGUCAACAUGCUCGCUGAAAUUUACAAAUCAGAUAUUAAGCAUUUCAUGAAAACGAAUAACCGAAACGUUUUCCAAAGAAUUGAUGUGGAUGCGUUGGAUAUUAUGGAAUUAUUUGAAAAGUUCGUCUACAGUUCAUUUUUACGGCAAAACACUGAUAAGCAAAAUCUUUUUAUCGACAAUAGCCGCACGAUGCGUCUGUUGGAUCGCGAAAACUAUUUUUAUGCAGGUUUUGUCAAAUUACACAUUUUUUUGGGAUUGUCGAGUCUCGUCACGGAUAAAAAAAUGUCCUUGGUUAUUCGUAACAAACAGGAACUUGAAUCCUUUCGGAAGCAGAUUUCGCUCUUGGAUUCUCCUAUAGUUAGUAAGGUUAGUAAGGUUCCGAUCUUCAUCCACGGUUCGAUCGCUGAGUUUUUCGCAGCGAAGUGUUUGUUCAAAUAUUUGAAUCGCAUGUCUGAAGAUCGUAUGAAGCAGAUCUUCAUGAGCAAAGAUAAACGAAUCGCUCGGAAAACGCUGUACAUAGGCGAUGUUUUUGACCUCUACUAUCAAGUUUUAGGAAACUAUCCAACAGUACGAAAAUUUUUCUUCCUCACAGCACGCCUUCACAAUGUUAAGCUGGAAAAGUUGGCAACACUGAUGUGGUGCAUGCGUCCUUACCCUCUAUUGUGGGCUUCCGAAGAAAACUAUGAGGCACUUGCGAAACAUCUUAUUGAAGAAGAUCCCGCAGUCGUUAAUUCCUGUUCCAAAUAUAAGGAAACAGCUCUUCACUGUGCGGCGGCGCAAGGUCACGUACAGCUAUGCACACUAUUGAUCGACAACAAACUGGACGUCAACGCCCGAAACGUGCAUAAUCAAACAGCAUUACACAAGGCAGCUGUCAACGGUUGCGACGAUGUGGUGACUCUUUUAAUGGAAAAACAGGCAGAUGUUUCAGCGCUCGAUAAUCGAAAGCAAACCCCUUUGUUCAUGGCAGCACUGGCUGGGCACGAUAGCGUAGUGAAGUUGCUCACCAGCAAACAUUCAAACAUCAACGAUUUGAACAACCGGAAAUGGAGUGCUCUUCACAUUGCAGCGAUACAUAACCAUGCAGAAGUUGUUGAGAUUUUGCUUUCUAAAAACGCAAAAACUAAAUUGGGUAGAGCGCUGAAAUGGCAAAGUUUUCUCCAAAUGUUACUGUCCCGUGGACACCGUGAUAUGGUCACGCGAUUGGUAAUGCACGAAGUGAAAUCUCUCAAACGUAACGCUGAUGCAAACCAAACGCUAUUCUGGGCCAUCAGAAACAACAUCAUGGAAGUUGUGCAAGUAAUGCACAAAGCUGGUGUCUCGAUAUCGGUAACGGAUGAUAGAUCCGGGCAAUGCACCUACCAGCUGGCACUGAAGCAAAGAUCUUGGAAGAUAGCCGAAUACAUCCUCGGCAUUCAGAGUCGCUCCGAAAGGUAUGAAUAUGCUUUACAUGAAGCAGCCACAGCCGGAAGCGUUGGUUGUGUCUCCAUGCUUUUGGAGCAGAAAGCAGAAGUGAAUGCUAGAGAUCAAGACGGCAAUUCUCCUCUAGAUCUCGCAUUGCUGAAGGGUCACGUCAUGGUGGUCCGAAUGUUGCUGGAAAAGUCUGCGAAAAUCGUUGAAGCCAUGUUAUUUAAAGUGAUCAGGCUGAACGGUAUAAGUUCUUUAGAAUGCGUUAAAGAACUUCUACGUCACGGAGCGGACAUUUUAGCAGUGGAUAAACGUACCGGUCAGACGCUUCUGCACAUGGCCGUUCUUGCCAACAAUUAUGGCUGUACCAAACUUUUGCUGCGAAAAGGUGCUACGAUUCAUGUGCAAGAUAAACAAGGGAAUACACCUCUUUACUAUACGCGAAAGUAUAAAUGUUAUCUGGCACUAAGAGCCAUUAAGGAAGAAAUAAGCGAUUUUUCCACCAUGGGUAAUUUUUACGGAAUACUUAGCAUGGACGAUGAAUUAGAUGAAGCCGUAGAGUAGAGUGGGGCAAGAGUACGCAUUUAGUUUUCAAUCGAUCAUGUGGCUCUUAUGAAGCAAGCUUCUGCAUAUCAAAUCAAUGUCGAUGAUUCAUAUGCUCUUCCUAUAUGUUACCCAGCGGAAAUAAAAAUAUUGUUAUCGUU